AGGCAGCGGAACGCGGGAGCACGGCGCGGGCCGGCGGGGGAAGGCGCUGCCGCCGCACCGCUCCCCGCGGUCACCUUCGGCGGGCCGCAGCCAUGGUGUUCCUGCCCGACGAGUCGCGGUCGCUGCCGCCGCCGCCGCUCCUCAACAAGGGCUCGGUGUGGCUCGGGUUCGCGGGGUGGAUGUCGGCGCUGAUGGACAACGCCUUUAACCAGCGCCCCAUCCUCGGAGCCGGUGUUCACCGCCAGGUCCUGUUAGCUACCCUGGGCUGCUUUGUUGGCUACUAUCUGGUGAAACGCGCCGAGUACAUGCAUGCCAAGGUGGACAGAGAGCUGUUCGAGUACAUCAGGCACCAUCCAGUGGAAUUCCAGGGAUCAGGAGAAAAGAAAAGAAUAGGGCAGCUCUUGGAGGAUUUCCACCCAAUUCGCUGAGUGGCCACACAUCACAGAAUGAACUCCGGCCAUUCUGAGAACUUUGGCAAGGUGGCUGCAACUCUUGAACCGUCCAUGGCUUAAAAGAUGAAACUUUACUCACUUUCAUGUAAUAAAAGCUUGAUUAAAUAGUUAUUGUUUAA